AUGAACCCAGGUGAACCUGAUAAGAUCAAUGGUGGACCUGACAGCUUCUGGAACUGGGACCAUCUAUGGGAUCACAUUCUCUAUCGGUUAACGUACAUGUUUACAACACAAACUGCGGAGGAUUUCUAUCGGAGAUGGCUCGGCUACCCGCUCGAUCUUAAUCAAUAUACCGAUGGCAUCUAUGUGAGUCGAGAAUCGCUAAUUAAGUCUCGUUUCCGCGCUAACCGCUUGUCCUAUAUUAAGCACCAAGAUGGCACCGGUCGGAAUUGGUUUGAACCCGACGACUUGUGUCUCUACGCUAGCUACCAGCCACGCGUCUUGGGGGAACAUAAUGCGGAGGAAGAUGAAAUCCGGAGAUAA